AUGCUUGCAAGAAGCUUUUACAAAGAAAUGGGCCACGGCCCUCGCAAUGGCAAUGGCAAUGCCAAUGCCAACGGCAAUUCAAGGGAAGAACUUCAACCCCAACUACAGGGCAAAAACUUCAACCCUCACAAAGCCAAUAUCGAACGGGCCAAUGUCAACACCCCUUACAAAGUCAAGAAAUUCGACCCUCGCAACGGCAACGGCCAGCAACCCAACGGCCAGCAAUCCAACGGCCAUGCAAAUGUCAAUGGCAAUGCCAAUGGCAAUUACAAGGGGAAGAACUACAACCCAAACUACAGGGGGAAGAACUUCAACCGACGUGCCCAGAAUCCAAACAUCGACAUUGAGAUGACUGAGGCGCCAUCCGAUGAACCAAAUGACAUCGAGAUGCCGGACGCGCCACCUCUCCCUGAUCCAAGAAUCGAAGCUUUUGCCAUGGGUGCUCUGGCAGUGAAAGAAAUUGUUAGUCCCUCCCACUUCCAGUUCAAUCCCCUUGCUUUCCAUCAACCUGCUGUUAUUCCUCCUGCUUUCUAUCACUCUUCCUUUGAUCAUCCUGCUUUCCGUCGUCCCGCUUUCCGUCCGCCAACUUUCCAUCCCCCAGCUGUCCAUCCCAAGAUCAUCAGUUCUCCAAAGUUGCAAGGAAACGCUGAGUGUAAUUACUUUAUCUAA